AUGAGAGCACCAAAGCCAGAAGCUGCCAUGAUGUCAAUAUUAUUGUGGACCAAAGAAAUACCAGCAUUUGGACUUGGGCUUGCUGAAGAGGAAAUGGAUGAAGAGGAGGAUGAAGAGGUGGAAGAUGCAGAAGGAUUUGUUGCAGCCGUCGAAGAAGCGCCAGACAUCAAGGAAGUACCAGAGGGAGAAGAAGUGCCAGAAGGAGAAGAAGUGUCAGAAGGAGAAGUGCCAGAAGAAGAAGUGCCAGAAGGAGAAGAAGUGUCAGAAGGAGAGGUGCCAGAAGGAGAAGAAGUGCCAGAAGGAGAAGAAGUGCCAGAAGGAGAAGAAGUGUCAGAAGGAGAAGUGGUGCUAGAAGGAGUAGCAGAUGAGCUGUUUAAAUUUUUAUAUGAAAAUCUAGAAAAAGGACUUGGGAAAUUCGAGGAACGUCUUGUCAUUAUAUAG